GCGGAGCUGGCGCGCUCUCCUCUUCUUUGCAGAGCUGAAGCUGUUUCCGUCUCACACACACUCACACACUUCUCCACACGCUCACGCGCUCAGUCUGAGCUGUACAGAGGAAAAGCCACCGCGCGCGGGCUACCAGUUGAUGUCGACCGUGUGCGGCAAUCGAGCCGGAAUGGAGCACAAACUCGCGCCUAACCGCCUAUCUGGCCGCGUGCGGCGCGGAGGAGCUGCUCCAGAGACGGAGGCAGUGGGAGAGGAGUAGCUCCCCCUGCACGAUCUCCCUCACUACCCACUGAACGCUUUCCUCAACACUGCUGCUCACAUCCGCCCCACCGAACUCACACGACUGCAAGCAUGAAGGAGAGCACAUCCAAAUAUAGGCGGUGAACUAUCUUCCAAGAGUUGUGACUCUGGGAGCACUCCAGCAGUGAUCCUUUUUUCUGUUUUUAGUUUGGUGUAAAGAGCACAAGAUCCAUAAGAGAGAUGAUUAAGACAGGCUCUCGCUCCACCACCUCUCUGCCGCCAGAGCCAGUGGAAAUCAUCAGGAGCAAGGCAUGCUCCCGCAGGGUGAGGCUCAACGUGGGAGGGCUCCUGCAUGAGGUGCUGUGGAGGACGCUGGACCGGCUCCCGCGCACACGACUGGGCAAACUGAGAGACUGCAACACCCAUGAGUCCAUCAUGGAAGUGUGUGAUGACUACAACUUGGACGAUAAUGAGUACUUCUUUGACAGACAUCCAGGAGCCUUUACGUCCAUCCUGAACUUCUAUCGCACCGGAAAGCUGCACAUGAUGGAGGAGAUGUGUGCACUCUCCUUCAGCCAGGAGCUGGACUUUUGGGGGAUUGAUGAGAUUUACCUGGAGUCAUGCUGUCAGGCUCGAUAUCACCAGAAAAAGGAGCAGAUGAAUGAGGAACUGAAACGUGAGGCCGAAAGCAUGAGGGAAAGAGAAGGGGAGGAGUUUGACAACACAUGCUGUACAGAGAAGAGAAAGAAACUUUGGGAUCUUUUGGAGAAGCCCAGCUCCUCAUUUGCAGCCAAGGUCUUGGCCAUCAUCUCAAUCCUGUUCAUUGUGCUUUCCACCAUUGCCCUAUCUCUCAACACCCUUCCAGAGCUACAGGACAUAGACGAGUUUGGACAAGCAACAGACAAUCCUCAGCUGGCCCAUGUAGAAGCAGUCUGUAUCGCUUGGUUUACCAUGGAAUACAUUCUUCGUUUUCUGUCCUCACCCAAUAAAUGGAAGUUCUUCAAAGGCCCACUCAACAUUAUCGACCUGCUAGCCAUCCUCCCAUAUUAUGUCACCAUUUUCCUCACUGAGUCUAACAAGAGUGUGCUGCAGUUCCAGAACGUGCGGCGAGUGGUGCAGAUCUUUCGGAUAAUGCGAAUUUUGCGAAUCCUUAAAUUAGCUCGUCACUCCACUGGACUACAGUCACUGGGAUUCACGUUACGGCGCAGCUACAAUGAACUGGGCCUGCUAAUCCUCUUUUUGGCCAUGGGCAUCAUGAUUUUCUCUAGUUUGGUAUUCUUUGCAGAAAAAGAUGAAGAAGACACAAAAUUCAAGAGCAUCCCCGCUUCAUUCUGGUGGGCCACUAUUACCAUGACUACUGUAGGCUAUGGAGACAUUUACCCUAAGACUUUAUUAGGAAAGAUUGUAGGUGGUCUAUGCUGCAUUGCAGGAGUGCUUGUCAUUGCCCUGCCCAUUCCUAUCAUUGUAAACAACUUCUCUGAAUUCUACAAGGAGCAGAAGAGACAAGAGAAAGCCAUCAAGAGACGAGAGGCUCUGGAGAGGGCCAAGAGAAAUGGCAGUAUAGUGUCUAUGAACAUAAAGGAUGCAUUUGUUCGAAAUGCAGAGCUCAUGGAUGUGGUGGUGAUGGAGAAGACAGAAGAAAAUAUGGUGAAGAAAGAAAAAGUGCAGGACAACUGUCACACUUCACCCACCCGCUGGAAAUGGACACCCAAACGCACCAUCUCUGAGACCAGUUCCAAUAAGUCUUUCACGGGGAAGGAGCAAGGCUCUCCAGUUAGAGCUACCAGUCCAUCCAGCCCACAACACCUCAACGUCCAGAAGCUGGAAGAGAUGUACAGCAAGAUGGGUAAGACCCAAUCCCAGCCAAACUUGAACAGUAAAGAGCGAGGCCCAUUGUCUAAAUCAACCAGGAGGAAGGAUGAAAUGGAAAUGAGAAGUAUUCCUGCAGACAGAGCACCCACCACAACUGAGGGUGUGAUGGAUAUGAGAAGCAUGUCAAGCAUUGACAGCUUCAUCAGCUGUGCUACAGAUUUUCUAGAGAGCUCAAGAUUCUCACACAGCCCUAUCUCAACCCAACCUAGCAGAGUCAGCACCAAUCCAGGAUUGGAGACCACCCUUGAACAUGAGUCCAUGAAGAAUCCUGUUGGUCCACCUAAGCCUGGGCGAGCAAUGUUCUCCGACAGCCCCCGAGGUCUACGAAUCAGCAAUCCCUUAAAGUCAAGAUCCCUCAAGGUCAACUUUUUCUCAGGAGAAGCAACGUGUCCUACUGUAGAUUCAACCCAUGGCGGAGGUUCUGUUGCUCUCUCAGACAGUUCUGCCAUUUCUGAACGCUCCAUAAUGAGCCCGGAAGUGUCUGUAUACACCACUGCCAGCAGCAAGACCCCUCCCAAGACUCCUGAGACUCUGGUACCAACUGUUUUCACAUUUCACGAUGCGUCGAUCAGCAAAUACAUUGACGCAGAUACAGAUGACGAUGACCACCUUCACGAUGGACCAAGUUCUAGUCCAUCUGAGCGUCUCUUAGGCAACACCAGCCCCAAGCUCAGCAACAGCUCUCACCAACGAGGAGUAAACCACCUAGAGCUAUCCCAGAGGAUGCUGGGACAAAACAGUCUGUUCUCCUUGGAGGAGCGGUCAGGGGGUGGACAAGAGAACCAUGUGAUUUCAGGAGACAGAGGGCGCUCUAAAACAAUAAAUGAGAAUAAUUAAAACAGGGAAUGUAGCCCACAACAACUGGAAUAAUGAAUGGUGGCAAGGGUAACAGAACACUGCUGAUGGGAACUUAACCUAACACUAUUCCAAAUCUGAGCAAAACACAUGCACCAUAACAGCUGCACUUCCAUGAAUAUAGAGUACUCAGUAGACACUUUAGGAUAAACUCUUUAAUCAGUUUGCUGCUUGAGCCAGCAAGGACAGUUUUAAUAAGAACUAUAAAGAACAUUUGCUAGAGACAGAAUCAAAGGAUGUUUGACAAUGACAUGAUGAUGGUUGACAUUUUCCAAACCCAACCCCAACUGUUUUCAGUCCCACACUAUAGAAUUAGGUACUUAUUGAAGCCAUUCUGUGUAAUGAGCAAUUUCACAGUUUUUUUUCCCAAGGAUGAAUCUUCCUCAAAACUGGCCUUAGUUUUAUGAGUCGACAGUAUGUGUUGUCUUUGCGAGUGUGGGUGUGUGUGUUUAAGCAAGAGGGAGUGCAUGAAUACCAGAGAGAGAGAGAGAGAGAGAGAGAGAAUGAGCAAGAUAUAGAGAGACCAAAACAGUGAAAGAGAAUGUGCGAACAGCUGACAUCAGUUUCCCAACAGACGCAUCGUCUCGUGUGUACACAUGCUCUCUGUUUUCAAUACAACCUUUUUUCUAAAAAAGACAAAUGAAAUAUUUAAGUUUGCUUGAUGUCCCUUCUCCUUUGCCUAAUGUCUCAGAAACAGUCCUCUGUGCAGAUAUGGAGGUGCAGUGCUUUCAGAGGUUACAGCCACUGUGAUUCACCGUCUUUGGUCAGAUCAUAUCACAGCCCAUGUGUUGGUCGUCAAAUUGACUUGUUUGAUUAUGUGUACAGCUCCAAUCUCUGUUUUAUUUGUUUUUCUCUUUUAUUUAUGUGACGGAACUCAACUGCUAUAAAACAGGCAGUGGAAUCAUCUCCAUCAUUCAACAGAACCAUGCUCCUUCGUUGAUUGACGGAUACCACUCAACAAAAACAGCCGAACUGAAAGGACAGCCUGAAAACACUUUUUCUUUCCUUUACAGCAUUCAGGAAUGAAAACUGUUGAUUGUAUAAAGAGCAAUGUUGGAAGUGAUAUACUGUUCUAAAUUAUAGUUAGAUACUUAAGCUCUGGUGGAUUACAACAUACUUUGGUGUGGAACAAAGAAAAAAAACAAUGAAGGAAUCAAAAAUGUAUAUUUUUAAAAUAUUUUCUAAACGAUGGAACUUAGAUGAAUAAAUUAUGCUACUCUCUUAGUUUUGCAUUUCAAUAUAAAUAGUAUAAAAUAUUUAUUUUAAAGGGAUUGUAUUUACUAGAUUAUUUGGUGAGGUAAUCUCUUUGUAUUGUUUGCUACUGUCUCCUGGUCUAUAUGUUGUGAAAUACUUCUGUCUUUUUAUUCAUUUAUCCUUUGUACGAUAAAUGGAGCCAAAGAGUUGUUCACUAAUAUGGCUGACACUAACGAUCCCCUUUAAGGGGAAUUGUACCUUUUUUUUCUUUUUUUUUUGCAAAAGUCAAUCACUAAGGUGUAACUCAUUCAGAGAGGUUUGAAAAGGCGUAUUGUAGAGAAAAUUUACUGACUCAAACUUCUUUACAGUGGUGGUGAUAGGACCCAGGGGUCAUGAUGUCUACAAUGCAUAUAUAUAGCCAUUUUUUUGAUAAUAAUAAUAAUAAUAAUAAUAAUAAUAAUACGGCUUCUUUGGGUACUAUUAUGUCUUAGAUUGCCUUGCAAGUAUUUUUACAUUUUAGACCAAAACUAUCUCCAAACUAUCAUAAAACAAUGUCAGGCAUCAGGCAAAGGUUUCAUAAACAUUAAAUGUUAUCCCUUCCUGUGAUACAUCUUUCAGAAGUAUUAACCUACUGAAUGCUUCAUUCCUAUCACCACCACUGUGAACAAUUCUGACUCAGAAAGCUCUAGAAUGGAGUAUUUCACAUCGAACCACUCUGAAUGACUGUUUACAAGUGAACCAUAAAACGAUGCAGGAAUUUUAAGACAUUGGUGGAAUUCCCUUUUAACACCCUUUAACAAAAGUCAGGGCAGGACUCAGCAGUCUUUAAAGUAAAACUC